UAUUACAGCUUGGAUUGGAAGGGAGUAAACUGGAUAUGACUUCACUCAUAGAAGAGGAAGCAAAAAAAGCAGUAGUCCAAGAAACCCCCAAAAUAAAUCGAGCCUUCUUGAUCACAGACUCCAGUUCAGGUGGUCAGAUACUAAAAACUGAAGGAGUAAACUUACGUGAAAUGUUUAAUUAUGACCGAAUUCUCGACCUAAAUAAGAUCUACAGUAAUGACAUCCAUGCUGUAGCCAGUACUUAUGGAAUCGAAGCAGCUACAAGAUCAAUUGUGAAGGAAAUUACAAACGUGUUUGCAGUUUAUGGAAUUCAAGUAGAUCCUCGUCAUCUAUUGCUUAUUGCCGACUACAUGACAUUUGAUGGAACUUACAAGCCAUGUAAUAGAAUCGGUAUGGAAAGCAGUGCCUCACCCCUUCAACAGAUGACGUUUGAAACAACAAUGAAUUUUUUGAAGUCAGCUACACUUUCAGGUUUUCAAGAUCCACUAAAGUCACCAUCUUCAAGACUUGUCCUUGGUCAUUUAGUGGCAGGAGGAACUGGAUGUUUUGAUUUGCUUCAACCUAGAAUUAGUCUUUCAAAGAAAUCCAGAAAGUGACAAAAGAAUAAAAUUUGUAUUGUAUGAACUUAAUAUUUGUAAAUAUGACACACGUAUAUAUGUGUAGUUCAAGAUAUUUGUUUAAAAACUUAGACAAAAUAAAGUAAUUUUGUG